AUGUGUGUCGGUGACAUAUUAGGAAUGUGCCUUGGUCCAAUAGCGACUUGUACGAAAUAUCUAUGCGGUGCUAUAGGACUGGGAUUGGUAUUUACGGCAGGGGCUGCUGGAAUAGAUUUAAUGGCAGAUUGGCCGAUAAUUUUAAUAAUACUUGCAUCAAUAUUAGCAUUAAUAUGGUGUAUAAUUGCGUAUUGUGGUGGAUUGCAAGAGAGAGAAGAUGAACCACAAUAUUUAGCUAAGCAAUUUGAAUUAAUAUGUGAAACCUAGGAAAUAGUGAGAUAAUAUGAAGUAAGGCAUAACUACUCAAGUGAAUUGGCUGAUGGAUGUAUUCAGAUAUCAAAUACAAUAAUAGGAAUGUUCUUUACGUAAUUGAUAUACGCUCUAAUCCUUUUGAUAUUGUUUCUGUUAUCAACUAUCUGGUUCAUUCCUGUUGGAACUAAAGCAGGAUUCGUAGUAGGCUUAUUUUUUGGAUUUGCAUCAAUAACAAUAAUUGCAUGGACAGCCUACACAUUUGCAGGUAGAUCAAUAUGCAAAGUGAUAACAACUGCAAUUCAAAAUAAAUGGGAGCUAUACGAUUUCAUGUACACUGUAGGCUUUGGCGUAGUUCUAAUGUGUAUAGCAUCUAUUUAUUUCAUUUUCUUAAUAUUAUUCUUCUUGUUUAGGAGUUUGUAAGGAUUAAGUAACGACAAUAAGCCAUAAGAUAAAUUGCAGUUGAUGGGCAUAUGCUGUUGCGGAUAUGCUUUGGGAAUAAUAGUUUGUGCAUUUAUAUAUAGAGAAUCAACAAGUAUUUUGGGGAGAAGUAUUUUUAACGCCAUUGAUGGUUUGGUAAAAUGCGAUAGAAAUCUAAGUUUCAAUAAUCCCUAUAUUUCAUCACCUACGAAAUUAUUAUAUG